CUGGGAGGCCCCUUACACUGCUUAUCUGUGUCUCUUGCAGCUGCAAGCAUCAUCUCUUGUCUUUGCCUGUGGAUAACACACAGACCUGCUUCCCUCCGCCUGUUUGUGUCGACCUCUGCAGUGAUUGCCCAGGACAUACAGGAUCCCUUUCCUGCACUGAUGUUUACUCACUGGAGUGAAAGUAACAUGAAAAAAGGGAAGAAGUGAUCAUGGAAGACUGGCUGGAGAUUUAUCUCAGCCCACAGAUACAGUUUUAUUCACGGAUUAACCAGCUUUUACACUUAUAAUGUCAGAAGGGAGAGAAAGCAUAAAAGACAACGCUUGCUAUAAGCAAUGGAAUUACCCAAACUGCAAGAGAAAGAAAUUUAACUAGCACCAGGAUAACAGUAUUCCAGUAGAACUCCAUGGCUUUUGGAUGUAAUAUAUUAUGGUGGAGUUACUGGACAAAGAAAUGGUCAGUGUUAUAGAGCGACAGUUUUCGGAAAGCACCGCCUAGAGGACUGAAGCCAUUAUGGCAUCAAAGGUCUCAUGUUUAUACAUUCUGACAGUUGUCUGCUGGGCAAGUGCUCUGUGGUACCUAAGUGUAACUCGGCCAAAUUCUUCCUACUCGAAUCACAGAUUAGGUCAUAUAGUCAUAUCUCAAAAGAACGUUUCUUUUGGCAAUAUUAGAACUCGACCAAUAAAUCCACAUUCUUUUGAAUUUGUUAUAAAUGAACCAGAGAAGUGUGAAAAUAAUGGAAGUCCCUUUUUGGUCAUUCUUAUAAGCACAACCCACAAGGAAUUUGAUGCAAGACAAGCCAUUCGGGAAACUUGGGGUAACGAGAGCAAUUUCAAAGGAAUUAAAAUUGUUACAUUGUUUCUUUUGGGAAAAAACUCAGAUCCAGUAUUAAACCAGAUGGUUGAGCAGGAAAGUCAAAUAUUUCAUGACAUUGUCAUAGAAGAUUUUAUAGAUUCCUAUCAUAAUCUGACCCUAAAAACAUUAAUGGGUAUGAGGUGGGUGGCUACAUUCUGCUCAAAAGCCAAGUACGUUAUGAAAACAGACAGUGAUAUUUUUGUAAAUAUGGACAACCUCAUUUAUAAGUUGUUGAAACCCACCACAAAGCCUAGAAGAAGAUAUUUUACUGGAUAUGUGAUCAAUGGAGGACCUAUAAGAGAUGUACGUAGCAAAUGGUAUAUGCCAAGAGACUUGUACCCUGACAGUAACUACCCGCCAUUUUGUUCGGGAACUGGCUACAUUUUUUCUGCUGAUGUAGCAGAGCUAAUUUACAAAACCUCUCUUCAUACCAGACUUUUGCAUCUCGAGGAUGUGUAUGUGGGACUUUGCUUACGGAAACUUGGAAUUCAUCCAUUUCAAAACAGUGGAUUUAAUCACUGGAAAAUGGCCUACAGCUUGUGUAGAUACCGACGAGUGAUUACUGUGCACCAGAUUGGCCCGGAAGAAAUGCACAGGAUUUGGAAUGAUAUGUCGAGCAAAAAACAUCUUCGAUGUUAAUCUUUUUAGAAAAUCAGAUGUUGUUUUUAUUGUUGGAUGGGAUGGAGAAUAAUUGGGUAUGCUGAGUUACAUUUGCCUGACAUUUUUACAGUGUUUUUCCACUUUUGCUGGUUUAUAUAUCUAUAUUUGAGGUCCCAGUAAGAGCAUGUCAUUGCCACCAAUAUCGUGACAUUGUUUAUCUCAGUCUUUAAAUUUCUGUAAUUACUGAUACAGAGGCCUGUUGUGUUUGGUACCUUACCCGGCAUUUAUUUUGGAGACGAUGAAGCCAGAUGUAUUAUCCUUCGAUAAACCAUCCCUGAAUAAACUCAGGAUGUCACCAGUUUUUCAUAUUUUUACAUCUCAUAUCACAAAAAAACAGUGGGUGCAGUAAAAGUACUUUCAAGAUGUGUAUAUAGCUACUUGGGUCAUACCAUGAUGCCCUGACCUUUAUUCCCCAACAAACAUGGCUGGCCCCUGUAGAUGUUUUUUGGAAGAAUCUGAAAAGUAAAGUGUAUUUUCUUGCCAGAUAUCUGGGUAGAAAAUUGUAACUGUUGUGAACUAUAAUACUAGGGUAGACCUUAGUUUAGGUUUGGAAAAUAAAGUUGUGUAUUAAACAUACUCUUGACAAAAACAUGAG